UCUUUUUGAAGUUCAAGUACUGAUAAUGAUUAUUAGUCUCUAUUCCUAGAACGUCUAGGUCCGUCACACUUGUAGAAGUAUAAAUACCCCCCUCAAACCUGCUUUCGCCCUUCCUUCUCUUCUCACCACUCACGUAUAUCUGCGGUCGAACUACAAAUUAAUUAUAAAACUUAGCCUGAAGGGAAUUAAUGUCUGGUGUGCGGGUUCUGCUGUUCAAUACGCAAAGUACGUUAGUCCCUCGCAUACAUAGGUGGAAGACAACGAUGUAUUUGAAACAUUGCAACGAUGAUAAUAAUGUUGAAAUAAUCAGCUUCAACGAUCUUCGGCUGAGCCCCACGUGGAAUGACAUAUAAAUAUUGCCCUCUGAUGCUCCACGCCUAACUUCUAUUCUUUUACUCAUCCCUCGGAAUGGUAGAAUUCUAAACCUUGGAAGCUGUGGAGGAAUGUUUUUGUAGAAGCAUGAGCUUCUACAGCUCUAGUCCCCUGCACAUGAUCCCAUUGUAAAUCUUGAUCUUCUGUUGCUUUCCACAACGGAGUAAAUCUGAUACCAGGAAUAGGGAAUACGACAACAUCUGUAUUUUUUAUACGAGUGGGGUACUUUUUACCAUCUAACUUAAU